UAGGCUUCCCGGUCAGAUGCCUAUGGCCCCAGAGACUCAUCCCUGUGCUGACCAUGGGUGCUGCAACCCGAGUGUAUCCUCAGAACUGGAGUUCCCCAGAUAGCAGCCAGGUUUUGCCCAGUGCUCCUCCCCUCAAGUUUAAAGGGGGUCAACCUCACUUGUCUAAGCUAGAGAGGAUGAAAUGGCAACAAAGGACUUCUGUUGCCCAAAGUGCAGUGACUUGAUUUCAUGUAAAUUACUAUGGCUGCCUUCUUACCUAGUGUGAUCUCCUUUAGACUAGGAAAUCGUUGUGUUUGGGUGGGUUGCAGUGUGUGUGUGUGUGUGUGUGUGUGCGCGCGCGCGCGCGCGCCACAGUACCCAGGUGUGGGGUCAAAGCCAAGCCAUAAUCAUUUAUCAAGGGAGUGGAAGAGUCUCUUAUGAGUUGGUAAUUGUGUACUUAAGGGUUACUUGAUACUAUUUUAAAUGUAUGGGUUGGAAAUAAAAACAGUAAAAGCUCUCUAAAUCCAGCCAGUGCGGGUAGAUGGCAAAAUAGUCCACAUGAUAUAUCAGUAAAAAGCAACUACAGUUUAUUUUAGAGAAAUGUCCCUAGUUCUGAUGGUGCUAAGUGAUCUCUGCUUGGUUUCAGCUCCUUUGUGAAUUUUGCACUAAUUGUAUGGAGGGGCUGCUGCUGUGUGGGCUUCUCAGAUAGGUUCCUUCUCCUUCAGUGUUAAAUCAUCCCAGCUCAUUCAUUCCAUAAAUAUUUAUCAAGCACUGGUGUGUGUCCAUCACUGUUCUAGGUGUUUGAAAUACAAUCACAUCAGGCAGAUAAGACACCCCUUUGCUUGUGGCAUUUAUGUUCUUAUUGGGUGAGAAAGUCCAUACAGUACUACAUUAUAUGGAAUAUGCAGAGAUCAGGCCUGUGGGAGAGAAGGAGCAGGGUGGACCUCUGCAAAGGAGACAUUUUGAGCGGUAACAUGGGGGAGGGCAUGGAAGGGUCUGCCAUCUGGGCAUGAGAGUGAUUGAGGCUGAGGGAGCAGGUAUAGUAUUAAGAACUCGAACAGCUACUGUUAUAACAGGCCGUAUACAGACAUUUCUGAGAAAUUGUGUGAAGCUGAAUAUGAACUGGACUUUUGCUGACAUUUAGGGAUUAUUAUAUGGUAGUUGUGUUUUCAAAGAUCAUUUUCAAUUUGGGAUGCCAGUUGGAGAAGUGAUUGUUAAAAUGAUAACGUAUCUGGAAUUUUGUUUAAAACAUAAAAAGGGAGGGAGAGUUCCUGGUAUGUUGGAGGCGUGGCCCGGAAGCCAGCAUGGCUAGGGUAGGAUAGCAGGAGGCAUGCCUCAGGCCAGGAGACAGUAGGGCUUCACUCUGCAAACGCCAAACAUGGUGUCCACUGGAGGUGUGAGAAGCUGUUGGACUCCAAAUGUGUUUAAUGGCAGAAACAAAACGAUUUCCUGAUGGACUGGAUGGUGGGGUAGUCUUAUCAAGAGGGCAGCCCAAGGUUUUAAUCUGAGCAGCCGAAAGACUCGAUCUGUCAUGAGCUGAGAUGGGGAAAAGCCAUGUUUGAGUAUGAAAGUCUGAGUUUACCUUAAAAUUUCUUGCACAUUGCAUUCCAUCCAUGCAUUGUGUGUGUUGUGAUAACAUAUUAAGAAGGCCUUCUUCCUUGCUGGGUUAGCCCUCCAGGAAAAUUUUGUCCAGUGUGUCUUGUGGUCUUGCAGUCUUGCAGAGUAGGAUACUGGAUCUUUGUCAAAAAUCAGUUGUACACAGGUGCAUGGGUGUAUUCUAUUCCAUCUCUUGUCUGUCUUUAUCACACUGUCUUGGUUAUUGUAGUUUUAUGAUAAAUCUUGAAAUCAGGUAGGAUAAGUCUUCCAUAUUUGUUUGCCUUUUUCAGUUUUCACUAUUCUAGUUCCUUUGCAUUUCCAUAUAAAUAUUAGAAUCAGAUUGUUUUUUCUACCAAAAAAAAGAAACAUGUUGGGAGUUUUUGAUUGGGUCUGCAUUGAAUCUGUGGAUCAGUUUGGGAGAUAAUUGAUAUCUUCUGAUCCAUGGACAAGGCAUAUCUUCCUUUAUGUUUUCUUUUAUUUCUCUCAGUGAUGUGUUAUUGUGGUUCUACUUGAUACGUCUUGAACAUAUUUUUUUUUAAUGCUUAUUUUGAGAGAGAGAGAGAGAGGGAGAGAGAGACAGGGCACGAGUGGGGGAGGGGCAGAGAGAGAGGGAGACACAGAAUCUGAAGCAGGUUCCAGACUCUGAACUGUCAGUACAGAGCCCGACACAGGGCUUGAACUCACUAAUUGUGAUAUCAUGACCUGAGCCAAAGUCGGACACUCAACCAACUGAGCCACCCAGGCACCCUGAACAUCUUUUUAAAAAUUAAAUUUAUCCUUAAGUAUUUCAUAUAUAUGCUACUGUAAAUGGAUUUUUAAAAAUCUGUGUGGAAAUACUGCUGACUUGUGUGUAUUGACUUUGUUUCUGAAGAGGGUAGGUGCUCAGAAAGCCUCUCCUUCUGGGCUUCCCCCUCCAUGGCAGAGUGAGGCCAUGGUUCAAGAGAUAUGAAAGAACUAGGAUUAAUGGUGUCCACUGUGUUUUUUGGCCUGAAUGGGGCCAAAAAGGAGUGGCAGAAAGCGCUCCCCUCCCCAGGAACUAGCCCUGGUGGUGGCUACAUCUGGCCCUGGGCCUCACUGAGGAGGAUGCCAUGCAUGCUCCUUGGUGCCCAAAGGUCUUUGCAUAGAGUUCAUUGAUACUUGCUUAUUUUGCAAGUUCUCCCAUGGGAGUGUUUCUCGCUAUCCAUGAACUGUGAAUUGUUGUGAACCCAGUUUAAAAAUAAAGGUUUCAUAUUAGAGCCAGGCCUCCUGGUAGUCAUGUGGGCUCAAAGAAUGACAACAGAGGUGAUACUGACAAUAUUCGGCAAGCUGCAACUGAUAGCACUGCCUAGGAGUCUGGGAUUUGGCUGGUUCUCUAGGUUUAGCCUCUGUGCCUGGAGCCCUGCGUGUCUGAUGUCAUAAAGGAGGGGGAAGUCCUGGAGCCACACUGUCUCUGUGACCUUGGGGGAGUUCUGAACAUUCUUGAUCCUUAAUUUUCCUGUCUGUAAAACAGGUACUUCCUUCCUCCCUGGGCAGUUUUGUAAUUCCUGUGGAGAUGAUCCCUGGGGUAAAACUUCAAGUUGCCCUAUGGAGGUAAAGUCUGCCUGGGCCCCAGGCACAUUGCACCCUCAGCUUCUUGAGGGCAAACCCUGCACUGCCUGGAAUGGUUGGUCAGCACGUUGACACAAGUUGCCUUUUGACGUAGCUGCCGCCAUGGCCAGCUGGUAGGACCAGCAUCCCAUGCCCAGAAGCCAGUUCAGAAUGACUGAAGAAGCAUGCCGAACACGGAGUCAGAAACGAGCGCUUGAACGGGACCCAGCAGAGGAUGAUGUGGAAAGCAAGAAAAUAAAAAUGGAGAGAGGAUUGUUGUCUUCAGAUUUAAACACUGACGGAGACAUGAGAGUGACGCCUGAGCCAGGAGCAGGCCCAGCCCAAGGGUUGCUGAGGGGGGCAGAGGUGACAGCCAUGGGCAGAUGUGAAGGGCAGGCGGGCGACGGGCCCGUGGACAUGCGUACCUCAUACAGUGACAUGAAGUCUGAGAGGAGAGCCCCCUCUCCUGAUGUGAUCGUGCUCUCCGACAAUGAGCAGCCCGCAAGCCCAAGGGUGAACGGGCUGACGAAGGAGGCCUUGAAGGAGACCAGUACUGAGGCCCUCAUGAAAAGCAGUCCUGAAGAACGAGAAAGGAUGAUUAAGCAACUGAAAGAAGAGUUAAGAUUAGAAGAAGCAAAACUUGUUUUAUUAAAAAAGUUGCGGCAGAGUCAAAUACAAAAGGAAACCACCACCCAGAAGCCCACAGGCUCUGCUGGGAGUGCCGUGACCACCCCUCCCCCGCUUGUGCGGGGCACCCAGAACAUUCCUUCUGGCAAGCCAUCCCUUCAGACCUCUUCGACAAGAAUGCCUGGCAGUGUCAUCCCACCACCCCUGGUCCGCGGCGGACAGCAGGUGUCCUCCAAGCUGGGGCCACAGGCGAGCUCACAGGUCGUCAUGCCCCCACUCGUCAGGGGGGCUCAGCAAAUCCACAACAUCAGACAACAUUCCAGCACGGGGCCGCCACCGCUCCUCCUGGCCCCUCGGGCCUCUGUGCCCAGUGUGCAAAUUCAGGGACAGAGGAUCAUCCAGCAGGGCCUCAUCCGUGUCGCCAAUGUCCCCAACACCAGUCUGCUCGUCAACAUCCCACAGCCUUCCCCAGCAUCGCUGAAAGGGACAACAGUCACCUCUGCUCAGGCGAACUCCACCCCCACCAGCGUGGCCUCUGUGGUCACCUCUGCGGAUUCUCCAGCCAGUCGUCAGGCAGCUGCCAAGCUUGCGCUGCGCAAACAGCUAGAGAAGACGCUGCUUGAAAUCCCCCCUCCCAAGCCCCCUGCCCCAGAGAUGAACUUCCUGCCCAGCGCUGCCAAUAACGAAUUCAUCUACUUGGUCGGCCUGGAGGAAGUGGUGCAGAACCUGCUGGAGACGCAAGCAGGCAGGAUGUCAGCCGCUGUUGUUCUGUCCCGGGAGCCCUACAUGUGUGCGCAGUGCAAGACGGACUUCACGUGCCGCUGGCGGGAGGAGAAGGGUGGUGCCAUUAUGUGUGAGAACUGCAUGGCAUCCAACCAGAAGAAGGCACUCAAGGUAGAGCACACGAGCCGGCUGAAGGCUGCCUUUGUGAAGGCGCUGCAGCAGGAGCAGGAGAUCGAGCAGCGCCUCCUACAGCAGGGUGCCGCCCCCGCACAGGCCAAGGCUGAGCCUGCCACCGCCCCACACCCCGCACUAAAGCAGGUCAUAAAACCCCGGCGUAAGUUGGCGUUCCGCUCAGGAGAGGCCCGCGACUGGAGUAACGGGGCUGUGCUACAGGCCUCCAGCCAGCUGUCCCGGGGCUCGGCCACAACACCUCGAGGUGUCCUGCACACAUUCAGCCAGUCACCCAAACUGCAGAAUGCAGCCUCGGCCACAGCCCUUGUCAGCAGGACCGGCAGACAUUCCGAGAGAGCUGUGAGCACCGGCAAGGGCAAUGCCACCACCAACUGGAAGAAGGCACCCCUGAGUACAGGUGGGUGGCCCCCACAGGGCUUAGAGUGGGGACCUUGUCAUGAUGAGGUCCACAGGGGCACCUGGGUGGCUCAGUUGGUUAAGCAUCCAAUUCUUGAUCUUGACUCAAGUCAUGAUCUCACAGUUCGUGCAUUCAAGCCCUGCUUUAGGCUCCAUGCUGGCAGUUCCGAGACUGCUCGGGAUCCUCUCUCUCCCUCUGUCUCUACCCUUCCCCAGCUUGUGCUCUCCUCUCUCAAAAGAAAUAAACCUCAAAAAGAAAAGAAAAACAUGCACACAUACAGGUGAACAGAAAUGAUAGAAAGAGCCCUGAGACCCGAGACCUGUUCCCUGAGAACACCUGCUUCUGACUCUUCAGCUUAAUCUCUGUUCACUAAAUGAACACUCUGAACAGCUGGUAGCCCUGGGUAGAUAACUAAUUGCCCUUGUUUGCUCGCUCUAUACCCAGACUCUAGCUCUUGACCCAAAACGUGGAGCAGACCCAGUUUAGGUAGUGUGUCACACACACACACACACACACACACACACACACACACACACACACAAACACACACACAUCAUCCAGCCAGUGGGCAUCUGUCAGCACAAACACUCAAUCUUGCCAACUCGGUGCCGUGCCUCCUCCCCACUCCCCCACCUUCCUGCCAUAGGGAAUGCCUGCUUUUGCUGUUAUGUUUUACCUUCUCUGGUGCAGUAAUUAAUUUAUUGUUGAGCCAGGCAGCAUUCUUCAUUCCCUGCUCUGUGGUUCACUCUUCCCACCCUCUGGCUUGGACAGGUCAGGUGGUGCAAAGUUGCAAGCUAGAAUGAGAAUGUGGUAGGGCGCCUUGGUGAGCUCAGUCAGUUAAGUGUUGACUUCGGCAUAGGUCAUGAUCUCAUGGUUCAUGGGUUCGAAGCCUGCACCAGGUUCUGUGCUGACAGCUCGGAGCCUGGAGGCCUGCUUCGGAUUCUGUGCCUCCCCCUCUCUCUGCCCCUCCCCUGCUCAUGUUCUGUCUGUCUGUCGCUCUCUAAAAUAAAUUAAAAACUCCAAAAAAAAAAAAGAAUAAAAAACUCAAAAAAAACCCAAAAACAUUGGGGGAGGAAGAGGGAAAUCCCUGGAGCAGGGCCAAGACCACGGUGGGCAUCAGAGGACUCUGAGGAGACCACAUUUGAGAAACAACUCAAGGGAGGAGGGAUACACUUAGGUGAGCAUUCCCUAGUCUGCCACAGCCCCCAUCAUCCUUGGGUCAUCCCCCACACCACUUGCCCCAUUUUUUAUUAUUUAUGUGCUGUCAUUAAGGUGACAGUUAAAUAUUUCCACUAAAAACAGGAAAGUGAAAAAGACACAGAGGGCUGAGAGAGACAGGUGAGUGCUUUCACUGUGGGAGUGAGUGUCCUGCCCCCCACCUGAGCUCGCUGCGUCCCUAUCAAAAGAGGAGGCACCAUCAUGAGAUCUGUCUCCCUAGGCAGAACUGGGAAAGCCAGGCUGUCUGCAAACAAAACACAGGAGUCUGCUGUGCAUGCAGCUGACCGUAGAGUUAGAAAUAUGGCCAAAUAUCAGACUUCCACAGGAUGUAGCUCAGGAAAGGGAGGACAUUGGUCUGAUUGCCGAAGAACCUAUUCUGUAGAGCAGAGAGAGAGCAUUUGUAAACAUAAAGCGGGCAGAGAUACUUUUGUGUGUCAUGUUUAAGAUGCAGCUAAGAACUCAUAGCAGUUUGGAAAUUCCUUUUGUGGAAAAUUUUGAAAGUAUAUGAAAUCAGUGGGAAAAGUCCAAUGCAGGUGUGUGCAUGUGUACACAGUGAGUGGUAGGAGCCACAUAAAACUGCAUAUUUAAGGUAAUAUUUGAAAGGGAAUAUGAAGGAAUAAAUAGUUGCUGUGUUCAGCAGUAAGACUAGAGGUAAGUGUGUAAUCGUUUUAAAAACAGCAUUUCCCAAAAGAGUUCUCCCAGCAUUCCUAGUUAACCCUUGGUUUCUUGGCAGGACUCAGUCAGGUUUCUCUUUAGAAUGUAUAGAGGUUUCCCAAUUGCAUUUGACCUCAAAACACUUGUUCCACAAAGUACAUUAAUCUCCACCAAAAGCACUCUUGGGGUAACACAGUGAUAGGGGGGAUGGAAUGGGGCAGUCUUUACCCCAGGCCAGCCAAAAACCUAUUUGUGUUGGGAGAUUGGGGGUCAUUUCUUCAUUUUUCAGUUGUAAAAGAGAUGCUUGUUCAUUGUUGAAAUUUCGAGAGUACGAAACAAAUACAACGGUGUUUCUACCCCAGGAGAACAAAUGCUGUAUUUCGGGGCUUUCCCCCUAUUCUGCGUCUCCACUGGUGUGUCACUUGUGUGUAACUGAGUGCCCGACAGAGGUAUCCUGCUCUUUUCACCAUUCCGUGUUCCCUUUAAUGUCAUGAGAUUAUUACCAUACCAUUAAAACUGUCACUCUGUUCU